AUGAGCGAGGAUGAAGGGCGCAAUAGUAGCGCCAGGGGCGCGCGGAACGGCGAGAGGCCUGUGUUGCGCUCUCCUCGAGGGCGGGGAGCCGGAAGCGCAAGCGCAACUCCCACCGGCAGAGGCGGAGCGCGGAUUCCCCAGUCGCCCAGAAACAACCCGCCGUUUGAUCUCCGCUCCCGCACUCCCCCGCCUGGAGCUUUUACCGGGUUUGGGCGGGGUGGCGGAGCGGAAGGGGUGGGGGGAGUGAUGCGCGUGUCCAGCGCGGGGGAAGGCGUAGGCGCAGUUGUACGGAUGGAAGGCGCGCCCAGCUGGCGGAAGGGGCAGGGGGGAACCGAGUUAGGCGGAACAGCGGGGCAGGGGAACGUGCGCCUGGGCGGGUUAGGGGGAGGCAUUGGCGGAGGGGGGCUUGCGCGCAACCGCGAUGGCAGAGCGGGUUUGCGGCGAACGCAUUCUGUGGAAUCGAAAACCGCGAUACUGGACAUGUUCUUAUCGGAUGACGGGGAGGACGAUAUCGAGGAUAGACGAAGACUCGCGCCACAGCAGCAGCCGCCGCAGGGGCAUGUGACCUUCAGUUUCGACCAGUCAGGAGUGAGGGAUUUUGCAGGAGGAGGCAGGAGAACCGUAGGAUCUGAAUCUUGGAGUGCAUCCGACGACCUAGCUUUCGCGAACCUUCGGCAGCAGCAGCAGGGACAGAGCGGUGGUGGUGGCGGCGGCAGAGGCCUUGCCCGGUCCGCCCUAAAGGGCAUGGCGCACGCGCUCUCCCCCAUGCGCGGAGGCCGCGCGGGGAACCCAAGAGCGGGGGCGGCGGGGGGAGGCCCUGGGGGAGGUCUCGGCGGAAUUCCAGGUGGCGCAACUGCUGGCGGAGGAUUGGGGGAAGGGCUCCGCCGAACCAUCUCCCUGCAGCCCGGAGACACGUCAUCCGCGCGCCAGCCAAUCACAGCGUUCCACGACGUACUUGAUAGCGUCCUGCUGGAAAAAUCGGGCAGCGGGAGGGCGAGCGGGCGUGAGGCAGGGGGGAGCGCGCGGGUGGAUGGGGUGUCUGCGGGGGGGGAAGCGGGGGGCAGCGGUCGCGUAGGCGGAGGCGGAGGCGCUGCUCUGGCGAGGGAUUUCGCUAAAAGCCCGCUCAAUAGAAGCACGGCCCAGAACCCCGCGCGGACGGCGCAGCUGGCGCGCGGGGAAAGUAGGGGAGGUGGGGCGGGCGGAAGUUUGGGCGGCGGUGUGGGCGGGGCUCGGGGGGCGGGGGGGCUACUUCGGGGGGGGUCGUUACAGCCGCAAAACCUGAGGCCCGGAAGAGGGGGCAUGGGGGAUGGAGACGCCGGGCAGAAUGAUUUUUUGGCUGCCCUAGAAAGUUUCCACGGGGAAGGGAAGAGCGCGAGGUCAGAUGGGGUGGGGAGUUCUGGGAGGGUUAUGAGCGGCGGUGGAGUGCGGUUGGGAGGGAUGGUAGGAGGGAGCAACCCUGGCAGUUCUAGGGUUCAGACUCAGCAGGUGUCUCAGAGAAAGCACAACAAUUCCCCCCAAAAGGCACCAGCAGCAGCAGCAGCAGCAUCAGGAGCAGCAGGAGCAGCAGGGGUUAAGAAAUCGAGCAGCACGGGAGGUUCGGCAGUGGAGUUGAUAGGCCUCGCGAGCACGUACCCUCCACGUGGCUUCUCUUCUGCUGCUGCAGCCUUGAAUACUACAGCCGCUACAGCCGGCGCUACAGCCAUCACGAGUCCCCCGGAAACUUCCGCGCAGGAGCGCACCUCCCGCCUCUUCCUGGGGCCUCUCAGCCCCGGCAGCAGCAGUGACAGCAGCAGCGGGUUCAGCAGCGGAGGCCCCAUGGAUUUCCCCAGCCCUAGGGUCCCUGGAGGGGGCGGAGGCGCAGGGGGGGGCGGAGGGGGAGGGGGGAGCGGAGGGGGGAGCGGAAGCAGCGGAUCGCUGGAAGUGAGGAGCCCCAGGGGGAUCGUUUUUCUUGAUGCGCGGAGCCCCCGCGGUGGUGGUGGUUGGGGGGGAGGGGGGGGCUUUGGGGAAGGGGGAAGGAGAGGGCGGGUGAGGGGAAGUGGGUCGGGGGGGAGUGGGGUGGGGUCGGGGUCAAAAGGGGUGGGCGCAGGGGCGGACGGGGGGAGGGGAGGGCUUGGGCGGAAGACUGGAAGCGCAGGGAACGUGCUGGGUCUGCUGGAUGCGAUGAGGGGAGGGGGAGGAGUAGGAGGAGGCGCAGGUGCUGGGGCAGGGGCAGGGGCAGGGGGAGGGGCAGGGGGAGGAUCUGGGGGAGGAGGGGGAGGAGGAGGGGCGGGAGAGGCAAGUGGAGGGGGCAGAGUGGGGAGGGAGCGUUGGCCUCUAAGCCCUCUAGGGGGAGUGUUGCCAGACUGGUCGAGGAAAAAGGAGCACCCGGAUUCUCCCCAGCGCUCCCAGCACCACCAGCAGCAGCAGCAGCCGGAUGCGACUGGGGCGGCAGCAGCAGCAGCCUCUAGAGGUUCUGCUGGUGCUUCUGUCACCGCUGACACAUCAGAUGAGGUUCGGGAGUUGCUUGCAACUAUCCGCUCCUCCUCCGCCUCCUCCUCCUCCUCCUCUUCUUCUCAGUCCAACAAACCCUCGUCGUCUUCUGACCGCCAGCUAAGGGAAGCUGUGUCGUCUCUCCGGUCGCUUCUUAGGAAGCAGCCUUCGGCGAAGGAAAUCACGGUGGAGUGCGGUGGAGUGCGGCUCAUUGUGGAUCUGCUCUCUGCCUCUGAUGUGAAAACUCAGGAGCAUGCAGUUUCGUGCCUGCUGCUGGUGUCUCUAGUGAAAGGGGUAGCAGGGGAGAUAGCAGCGUGCAAUGGCGUGAAGCAGCUAGUUAGUUUACUCCAAGGCGGCACUGUAGCUUCAAAAGAAGGCGCCGCAGCAGCGCUGUUCACUCUGUCGGUUAGCGAGUCGCUUCUUAUGGAGGUUAGGGGAAGCGGGGCAGUGCCGCUGCUGCUGGAUGUGCUUAAAACGGGGUCCACUAGAGGGAGAAAAGACUCUGCGCUCGUGUUAUUUAAUGUAUCAAGAGACGCGAAAGGGGCGUUGGAGUUAGUUCAAGCGGGUGCGGUGGAAGUGCUUUUAGAGGUGCUUGCUUAUAAAGAGUCUGGGUUGGAGGAGAAAGCAAUGGCUGUGCUGGCUAAUAUCUGCCGGUUGAAAGAGGGCCGCGCUAGGCUUGUAACAGCAGACGGAAAAGGCUGGCCCAGCGGUGGUAGUAGUGGUGGGAGUGGCAAUGGUGGAAGUGGUGGCAGUGGUAGGAUUGGUGCGAGUGGUGGUGGUGUGGGUGAUGCGAUUGCAGUGUUGGUUGCUGUUGUUGCUAGCGGCUCACCACGAGCUCAAGAGGACGCUAUUAUGACCUUGCUGCUGCUGGCAACUGGGGGGCAUUUGAGGGGAGGUGGUGAGGGGGAUGGUGGAGAUGGGAGUGGGGAGGAGGAUGGGGAGGAGUUGGGAAGGAGGAUGGUGGAGGAAGGGGUUUUGCCGGCUUUGGAGGAGUUGUUACGAAGUGAUGUUUGUUCGGGGAGAGCGAAGGCGAAAGCGCAAGCGUUGGUUGAUGUCCUGGAGGGUACAGAUGAAGCAAAUGGUUGA